AUGGUUCCUCGAAGAAAAGAAGUCGAAGAAGACUCUGACUUAGAUGAAGUGGAUGCAUUUAAUUCUAAUAGAUCCAAAGUACUAUUGAAUGAAGCAGGAGAAUAUGGUCGUGAAAGACAAAACGAUGAUGAAGAAUCAGAAGAAGAAGUUAUGGGAAUAGAAGAUGAUGAUAGUGAAGAUGAUGAAGAAUUAAACCAAGAAGAAGAUGAUUCUGGAGAAGAGGAAGACGAAGACGAAGAGAUUGAAGAAGAAAAAGGUUGGGGAGGAAGAAAGAAUUACUAUGGAGGUGAUGAUGCAAGUGAUGAUGAAGAUUCUAAACAAAUGACAGAAGAAGCAUUAAGACAACAAAGAAAACAUUUACAAGACUUGGAAAUGGAUGAUUUUGUUGAUGAAGAAAUUAUGGAAGAUUGGCAAAAGAAAGCAGAUACUUUCGAUAAUAAAGAUACAACAGUCUCAAUAAUAAAUACUGAUACAAAAUUAGAUCAACUUGAUGAUACUGAAAGAUUAAAUUUGUUAAAACAAUCAUUUCCAGAAUUUAUUCCACUAGCUAAAGAAUUACAAAAACUACAACCAGCACUAGAAGAUUUUAAGGUGGUUGACCAAAAUAAAUGUACAAAAAUUAAAAUUGCAGCAUUAUCUGGUUAUUUAGCAUCAAUAUCGUCAUAUUUUGCAAUAUUUGUAGAUAAUCUACAAAAUGGAGAAACUUUUACAAUGAAAGACCAUCCUGUUAUGGAGUCAAUAUUAAGUUCAAGAGAAGUAUGGAGACAAGCUAAUGAAUUACCAAAUGAUAUUAAAGAAGAAGUUGAAGAAGUUACGCAUGAUCUUAUAUCGAGUGAGAUAGAUGAAAAUGAAUUUGAAGAUGCAAGAGAAGAUCAAGAAAGCGAUAUAGAAGAAGUAGAAGAAGAAGAAGAGGUGGAGGAGGAAGAACCAAAAUCGAAAGAAACCUUCAAUAUCGACAUAACGAAACCAAGAACAAUAAGGCGAGCACCAAAGAAAACUAAUGAUGAUGAUUUCACAGAAGCUGAUAUUGAAGAUGUUGACAUGGAAGAUAAGAAACGUCGUAAAAAGACUUUGAGAUUCUAUACUGCUAAAAUUGAUAAAGCUGCUGCACAAAGAGAGAAAGCACUUUCAGGAGAUGGUGAUAUGGAUGUACCUUACAAAGAAAGAUUAUUUGAAAGACAACAAAAAUUAAUAGAAGAAGCAAGAAAAAGAGGUCUUGAUAAAAAAGAUAUUCCACAAGACGAUAAUGAAGAUUUCAAUGAUAAUGAUUUUGAAAAUGAAGACUAUUACGACACUUUAAAACAAAAGAAACAAUCUAAAUCAAAAAAUAGGAAACUCGCACACAAUGCUGCUGUAAAAGCUGCUAAAGAAGGUAAACUUGCCGAAUUACAAGAAGAAGUUGGUGAUGAUGGUAAAAGAGCUAUUAGUUAUCAAAUUCUCAAAAACAAAGGUUUAACACCACAUCGUAAAAAAGAAUAUAGAAAUUCAAGAGUUAAAAAGAGAAAACAAUAUGAAACCGCCAAGAAAAAACUUAAAUCUGUUAGACAAGUUUAUGAUAGUUCAAAACAUAGAGGUCCUUAUGAAGGUGAAAAGACUGGUAUUAAAAAAGGUAUAUCAAGAUCUGUAAAAUUAAUAUAA